AUGCCUGGACGAUUCAACGAGAGGACGAAACACGCGCCAAUCGCGUCCUCUACAUCUCUCGUGGACGCGAAACCCAGGAAACGCAGCCUGGGCAAGAACUUGCACAAAUUCCAGCCUGUAUUCCGCCUAGCAGGAAAGACAAAGAAGGCAGUGCGUGUCGCUCUGCCUAAAAAGUCUGCAGCAGAGGAUGCGGAACCCAGCUCCGCAAAACGUCCCAGCACACCCGUCCCUACAAACUCGUCACUAUCGUCCCCGUGUCUUAUCUUCCCCGCCCAUCCAACAUCCAACCCGUCAACGCCGAGGCGAUCGUUUGUUGUUCCACCAACUCCGACAAGGUUGGGCGCAUCACCUCUUCUGGGUGCGUCGCCGUUAUCGCCAUCUCCACCUUCCAACUCCGAAUUCAAUCUAUCGCCUAUUGUCACCCCCUUCAUGAACCCCGACUUCGAAACUUCAGGUCAUCACUGGGCCACCCAUCAGGCGUGGAAGGCCUGGCAGGACAAAAUCAUCCCCCGCCUCGUUCCAAUAUUCAGCGAUGUCUUCUUUUCGACGAGGGGCCUCCAGCGCCUUCAGGAUCUUCCAAGACUGUGUCGUCGAAUCUGCACCUGCGCUUCGACCCGGCUUUGUAAGGUCUCGGUUUGGCGAAUGCACGAGAUCCAAGACGUCGAGAUCGAUGUUUGUCAAUGUGUCCCGGCGGCGGAGCAGUUGCUGCGCUCAGGGUCGUUUCCCUCGUCACCAUUGCUGCCGUCAUUUGCGGUGGAUCUCCAUGUACUGGAGUUGACUCGAGAAGUGUUUCUUCGCACUUCGCCAAACAACACCGCAUGGACAACAGCGCUGGAAUCCUUCCUCCGAGGCUUGGGAUUCCAGUUAGACCAUGAGGGAUCGUUGCGACGCUCUUUUGCGUCGGCACUGGAGUGGUAUCUGCAUCUGCGUAACGUGGUGGAUGCAGAGGUUGACGAGCAGCAGGAGAAAGUUCGUCGCGACCUGGUUGGUCCUGCCGUGAAAGACGACCAGCAUUUGGCAUCUCGCGCUGAGGCGGGUACCAGGCAUGGCGAGCACAAACGGCCGUUAGACCAUCCCAAUCCAUUUGGUGCGCCAAUGCACCGGACACGGGCCUCGGAAUAUCUGCGUCGCCGCUGCCCCGCAUGCUUUGGGGAUGUCAAGCAUGAUCCAAGUUCUACUGCGGAUGUUUGUGUGUGCACGGACGCAUGCUUCACACAUAAGCGGGAGGCGGGAAACAUGGAUCCACCGAAGACACAUCCCAGGAAUGUCUUCCUCAACCCCCAGACCUGCGAGGAUAUGGAGCAGUAUGUUGAUGAAGUCCGAGGUAGCGGUCCUGCGCGAGAAUCCCGUGCCCACAAACGCUGCCGGAGGGAUGCCUCGACCUACUCCCCCUCGAAGGAACAGGUGGACAAUGAGGAUGAGGAGGAAGAUCGCGUCGAGGAGGGCUUGCAGGUUCCCAAGUCCAUUCUGGACAGCUGCGAGGAAUCGUUCAGAGCGGCAGAUGAAAGCCGGAUGAGAUCUGACGCCAGGGAAUUUGACGACACUGGAGUCAUGGUGUUGAUCAAAUGA